AUGUGGUUAUUGCUUUUGUGUUAUCACAAUAAAUUAUACAAUUCAAAUGCUUACCUUUUUGCUCAUCAUAUAGAUUACUUCGGAAUUGAAAGUGAUCAAAAAGAUGAAGAAAUCAAACGUCAAGAAGCUAAGCAUAAAGCAUUAACUGGAUCAAAAAAUUUCAUCGAUGAUCAAUAUUUCAGUGAUAAUGAUGGUAAUAGUGAGUUGUCUACAGUCAAGAGUAGUAGUAGUCGUGAGUUUCUACAAAAAAAUUCAUCUAAGAAAGUGGCUCAAUUUGAUUUCAAUGAAUUAUCUGAAAUCGAUUCACAAUAUUUUGGUUCCGUGGGAUCUAACUCAAAUGUAGCAGAAAGCUUGAAUCCGAUAAUCAGUCCACUGUUAAGUUCAAAGCCUGUAAUCAUCAAAAACGAUAGAAGACCUUUUCCUACUCCUACGGUUACUGCUCCUAAGAAUAAUUUUAACCGAAAGAAAUCGAAGCUGGAUUCAACUAUACCUGUGCGUGAUCCUGAUAACUUAUCACAACAGAAUGAUAUAUUAGAAGAACUUAACGAAAAUGAUGAUGAUGGUGAAGCUGAUACUGUGGAAUAUGGUUCGGAUGCAGUUAGAAUUGUACGACAAAGAACUAAGCUAAAUUUAUACACUGGUACAACCUUAGAUAUACCAUCUCAUAAUAAACAAAGUUCAUCAAUUCCAGAGAAGUUGGAUAGUCAAGGACAUCGUGUUCCAGAUGAAGAUCCAUUGAAAUUUAAUUUUCUAACUGAAGAGGAAGCUGCAACUGCACUGUACAAAUCAAUAAUUGAAAUAAGAGAAAAUGUGAUAGUUAUGAAUAAACCACGUGGAAUAGCAUCUCAGCCUGGUCCUGAUUGUAAAUACAACAUUAUUGAUCUGUUACCACGUAUUGAAUUGAUGGUAAGGAAAGGGAGGACACAUCGAGAUGACAAUGAUGAGACAAAAAAAGCUGGAGAAUUAUCACUUGUCCAUCGAUUGGACAAAGAUUCUACUGGAGUGAUGCUAAUAGCUAGAAAUAAAGAUGCUGCAUUGAAGUCAGAGUAUGGUUAUAUACAAUUACCGUUGACUGAACGAAAUUUCAAUGGAAUUCGUAAGUUGUGUGCUCCUGUGCUAAAUCGUCAUGUCCAAGAAAUGUCUUGUAAGGAAACACAAUCAGAAAUUGAUAACAAUGAUAACAACGAUGAUAUAACUGAUGCUUUUUCUUUGUUACAUAAUAAAAUGCUGAUCAAUAAAAAUCCAAUCACAUGGUAUCAUAUGUUGGAUAGACGCAAUGAUGCUGCAUUGUUGCUUUGUUCAACAUUGACAGGUAUAAAACAUCAAGUUCGUGCUCAUUUAGCAUUUGGUUUACAAACUCCAAUUCUAGGUGAUCAUAAAUAUUCACAUGCUGAAUAUUUAGCUCCUCAGCGUUUACCAAAAAAAUUAUUGGAAGCGCUUAACAUUAGACAGUCUAAAGUAAGAUAUUUAUCUUUACAUUUACAUGCUUCAAAUCUACAUCUUUGUAUUUCACCAUCAUCGUCUUCUGUGAAUAAUCAAGGCUUCUUUGAUUUCAUUCGUUCACGUGAUGAACACCUAUCUUGUAUUUCUGCUGUCAAUCAUCGUUCUAUGAACAAUCCUCAAAAUUUCAUGCACCAUUACCUAGUCAUUUUCUUGAUAAUUUAA